CAAAGAAGUAGAAAAAAGAGGUGAUGUCAUAAUAAACGGUAAAAUAAUAGGAACGAUGAGCGAGCGGAUCUAGCUUUCGUCAAAAUCAUCAUCACUGAGUACAUCUGCCACGUCAGCUUGAUUGGGAUCUAUUUGGUCGCCCGUACACAAAAUCUCGGCUCACUCACUCACACUACUCAAGUCAACGUUUCUAAGAUUCUCCGGCGGAGCGAUUAUGUCAGGAUCUUCUUCACCGAGCUUGUGGCUGGCACCGAAUCCGAGCAAGAGAUGGGGAGAGCUCUUCUUCCUCUUCUACACUCCUUUUUGGCUCACUCUCUGUUUAGGCAUCGUUGUUCCUUACAAGCUUUACGAGGUCUAUGCGAUCAUCAAAUGAGCAUUGUUUUUAAGUGUCUGAUGUAUUUAGGAGACGAUGAGACAGAGUUGAAGUAGCUAUUCACUUUUUUUUAUCUGCUAAAUUAGAUCAACAAAGUUUAUGAAAUGAUGUCUCAUUGUUUACCAUGUCAGUGUUUUAGAGAUCUGAAAAUUUUACUGUUGUAUGAAGUUGUCUUUUAAGUGGUAUUGAAGAAGUACUAAUAAGUGUUAGUUACUUUGCAAACUAGCAGACAUUCACGGAGUUGGAGUAUCUGCUUCUAGCUUUGGUUUCAGCUGUUCCUGCUUUCGUUAUACCCAUGUUACUCGUUGGAAAGGCCGACAGAAGUUUAUGUUGGAAGGACCGCUAUUGGGUUAAGGCAAAUCUCUGGAUAAUUGUUUUCAGCUAUGUCGGAAACUACUUUUGGACUCACUAUUUCUUUAAAGUUCUUGGAGCGUCCUAUACUUUUCCAUCAUGGAAAAUGAAUAAUGUGCCUCACACAACAUUCUUCCUAACACAUGUUUGCUUCCUCUUUUACCACGUUGCAUCGAACAUUACUCUUCGGAGGCUACGCCAUUCCACUGCUGAUUUACCAGAUUCUCUGAAAUGGUGUUUUGAGGCUGCAUGGAUACUUGCGCUUUCUUAUUUCAUUGCAUACUUGGAGACUAUUGCUAUCGCAAAUUUUCCUUACUAUGAGUUUGUGGACCGAAGUGCCAUGUACAGAGUUGGAUGUCUUUUCUAUGCCAUUUACUUCAUUGUGAGCUUCCCAAUGUUCUUCAGGAUGGAUGAGAAAUCAACUGAUGAAUGGGAUUUAUCUCGAGUGGCUGUUGAUGCUUUGGGUGCUGCUAUGUUGGUAACAAUCAUUCUUGAUCUAUGGCGUCUCUUCUUGGGACCUAUAGUUCCCUUACCGGAGGGACAAAACUGCCUUCAGUCUGGAUUACCAUGGUUCUCCAAUUGAAGAUUGAAAGAUCGGUUACUUCCACCAAUUCAGGGAAUUGACAUGGGACUGAGAGAGAAACCUGCAAAGGAAUUUCCAUUAACACUUUACGGAAUUGGGAAGCAGUUAAUGCAGGGCAUGUUUCUAAGGCUUUUCUUCUCCAACUGCUGAUUUGUUUGUUAGUUGUUUUUGGUUUUCAGUUUCUCUUGAUGAACUUUCCCAAUGUAACCUUUCAAGUUAUCCUUUAUAGAACAGAAUGGAACUUCGUUUUUUGUUGUGGACUCGAUAUAUUGGUUCGUCCUCUUAAGUUCAUUAAAACAAGAAAGACCAUAACACCAUUGAAAGAACCAAAACUUGAUAUUAAAUGGUAAAGUCUCAUCACAUGAAGUAGCUAAGGGCUUACUUUACUUCUGCAACCUCCCCCGUAGCAUUUGUU